CAAGUCUUUCUGCAUCAUCAAAGUCAAGAUGGCUGCUCGUCCCACUGUCACCGUCUGGUCUGCCACUGGCGAGAGCUCUGGCUCUCUUCCCCUUCCUGCCGUCUUCACCGCUCCCAUCAGGCUCGAUGUCGUCCAGCAGGUACACAAAUCGAUGAACAAGAACCGUCGUCAGCCUUACGCUGUUGCCGAGAACGCAGGUCACCAAACCUCUGCCGAGUCCUGGGGUACUGGUCGUGCCGUCGCUCGUAUCCCCCGUGUGGGCGGUGGGGGUACUUCCCGCUCUGGUCAAGGUGCUUUCGGUAACAUGUGUCGUGGAGGUCGUAUGUUCGCACCUACCAAAACUUGGCGUAAAUGGCACGUCAAAAUCAACCAGAACCAAAAGCGUUUCGCUGUCGCUUCCGCCCUCGCAGCUUCCGCCCUUCCUUCUCUCGUCCUCGCCCGCGGUCACCGUAUCGAACAGAUUCAGGAAGUCCCCCUCGUCAUCUCCUCUUCUAUCGAGAGUACCAUCAAGACCAAAGCUGCCGUCGAGUUGCUCAAGACCGUCAACGCUUAUGCCGACAUCACCAAGGUUUCCAACUCGCGUAAAGUGCGUGCUGGUAAGGGAAAGAUGAGGAACAGGAGGUACAGGCAGAGGAGGGGUCCUCUUGUAGUGUAUGCUAAGGAUGAGGGGAUUGUCAGGGCGCUGAAGAACGUUCCAGGUGUUGAAACUUGCCCUGUGGAUGCUCUCAACCUUCUUCAGCUCGCCCCUGGUGGACAUGUCGGAAGGUUUGUCAUUUGGACCGAAUCUGCCAUCGCUGCUCUUGACGCUGUGUACGAGAACAAGUCUGGCUUCAGCUUGCCAUUGUCCAAAAUCACUACUGCCGACGUCACCGGGCUGAUCAACUCUGACGAGAUCCAGUCGGUGCUUCGUCCCGUAGGACCUGCUGUUCAGAAACGUCCCUUCACCCAGAAGAAGAACCCUCUUCGCAACAAGGCGAUCUUGUUCAGGCUCAACCCUUACGCAAAGACACUUCGUCGUCAAGAGCUGUUGCGACAACAGAGGAAGGCGCAUGGAAGUGUCAAGACUUCCGCCCCGAGCGUGGCGGGUGACAAGUUCCUCGAGAUCCUUCAUUCUGCUUGAUGGUGGGAUAGAUAUGCAUUGGUUUUGUACAUGAACAGAUGGAAUGAUAUGUUAUCAGCAGCUUGCGUUGCCAUCUUUGCAGCCAUGCAGCUCG